GUUUUUUAUAAACACGACGUGGCGACCUACCAGUUGCCGGUGUGUUUUGUUAUCUUGUUUAUAUUUACCAUCAAAAUAAUGCGACGGUUCUGUUACUACUUGAAGUCAUGAAGACUUUGGGCUGUGGUCGAAGUACUAUAGUGUUAAGUUGCUUUUUACAAGAGAUAGUAUUCCGUAAAAUAGAGUAUGGUGGGAAGGUCAGUUUUUAUGAUUUCAUCAGUGUUUAGCUGCACGCGCAUAGGCUUAUAUAAAAUGGACGGAAGAAAUAUUGCAAUAUUAUUUCUUUUUUCAUUCACUGAGUGACCUAUCAUAGGUUAAACUAGUUUUGAACUGAAUAUGUUGAUUUGGUGUUAGCAUGCUCGAUUUUUUCACUUAGCCAGAAAAAAUAUUUCCAUAUCAGUAUAUAAGCUUACGUAUAAUAUAAGAUAAUAAGCUUAAAUUUGUUAGAUAAUGUUGUGAACGUAUGAGUUUUAGAAUCAGUUACCAUUUUCGAUUAGAUAUGUUAGGGUUAUUUUAUUUUUGUUAUUAACCUGUCCUAGAACAUAUAUUCUACCUUAUGAAUACAGUAAUUUUUCAAACUUCCCGAUCAUAGAAAAUAUCAUAUCUUCUAGGUCAAACACUGUCAGUCCGUGUUCUUUACAGGUUUGAGACGAAUUUCAGCUGACACAAUUGUUUAUUAUCAAAGAUUCAUUAAUUACAACAAAUUCCUCUAUAUCAUUGAUGGAUCUUGGAUAGAGGCCUUCCUUCUUUUCCUUACUUUUAGACCAAAAUCAAGUCUAACCGGGCUAAGGCACUGAGAUACUUUGUCUCAGCCUGAGAGCAACCCCACCCCCUCCCCAGCCCUCUUUGCCCCCACCACCCGACUGAAGGUCUGGGUGUGCCACUGUCUGCUACUGUAUAUAACAGUCACCCUAUCUACAUGUAUUUAUGUCCCCUUCUACCUACAUGUGUGUUCUGGUAUGGUUAUUUGACACUAUUGUUUUACAUCAAUGUAGGAUAUCAAUUCGCUGGACAAGCUUUCCUUCAUUCUUAAGACCAGGAGUGAUAUCAAGUUCAACUGACAGCACAUGCAUUUCAGGAAGAAGACUAUUUUCACAUCUCUUUGGAACACAACCAAGUCCUUUGCGAUAUCUCUUAGUUAUUGGUUUUAUUGUAAUUCUGUUGUUGGGAUUUCUCUUAUUUAUGUCUGAUUCAAGUUGGUACCGCAGUAGAACUAGACGCUUUACCUACCAUGACUUUUACGAGCAUGGGGCUGAUUCAAAUUAUCAUUAUGGAAUUGUUAUUGACUGCGGCAGCAGUGGAUCUCGUGUUUUUAUUUAUUAUUGGCCACCACACAAUGGAAACCCAGAUGAGUUGCUACAAAUUAAGCAGAUGGUAGAUUCUCGAGGAAACCCUGUAAGGAUGAAGAUCAAACCAGGUAAAUGUUUAUUGUCUUUUACAGUGAGCACAAGAUCUUCUCAGAUCCAGUUGUGAAAACAAAGUAUUGUCAACUUUGGCAGGCAUGUGUUUAACAGUGUUCUGUUACUAUAAUAUGUCCUGGAUUUUGUAUUUUUGCCCAAGUCAGGCAGAAUUUCAGUGGGAAACAAUUUCGUCAUUAGAUAUCACAUGACCUCAAAGUAGCCAGGGUUGUUGCUAUCUUGAGAAGUGCACAAUAAUUUGUUAUUCGAAGUAGUAAGGGAUUUCACUGUUUUGUUGUGUUGUGAAAAUGUGUUUUCACCAAGUUAGUAUCCAGAGCUGACCCUUUAUUGGCCAAGCAAAAUCCCUACCCCUACUUCCUUAAUUCAAGUCCCAUUUAUUAAAAGUAGCUAGUGAGAGCUGGUGCAGUUGAGGAUUGAAUACUGAUUAUAACAAACAUGUAAAUUAUGUUCCAUAUUUAUGCCAACACUAAAAACUUUUACUAAGUUGUGUAAUUACCUACACAACUUUUGGCCGACGGAAAAGAAUUACCCAUUGCAUAAACUUUUCUAGAACCUUAACCAUUACAUAUAUCACCACUAUUCAUUUAAAGGAAUAUCCAGCCUUGUUGACGAGCCAUCAAAGGCGUCAUCUUAUAUUGAACCCCUUCUGGACUUUGCUGCACUAAAGAUCCCAGAACACAAACAUAAGGAGACUCCACUUUACGUCCUUGCAACAGCUGGAAUGCGAAUGCUUUCUACUGCAGAUCAAGAAUCUAUUUUGGAUGACCUGAGAGUUGAUAUUCCAUUGAAAUACAACUUUCAUUUUAUGGCAUCACACGUUGAAGUUAUCACUGGAAAACAGGAAGGUACAUGUGCUAAAUAAAUUUUUAAAUUAAUUUUGUUACCAUUUUGUAUUUCUCAAACUUUAAAGCCAUUAUACUUGACUGUACUGUCCUGCUGUGCGUCCCUAUCUCCUCCCUACCCUCCCUCCCAUAGUAGUACAAUGAACCUCACUGGCAUUAAAAAAGUUUUAGGUAAAUUUAAAUUUUUAGGUAUUAAGAAUUCAGGAUUCCUACAUAAUUUAAAACUUAUUUCAUACCUUUUAUGGUAUAUUUGGUUUUGUCAAGUCCAUUAUUCAAUUUCUUUUUUAACAGGAAUAUAUUCUUGGAUUGGAGUUAAUUUUGAGCUAGGACGAUUUGACCAUUCACAUGAUGCAAAAGGUAGAUACCAGCAAUUAAAACUGUUUGAAGUGCUAAACCUUGUGCGGUGUGUGACUUAGUUAAUGAGUAAAUUAUGUGAAAAGUUAGAAGGAAAGGCAUCCAGGGGUCAGUUAAAUAAAACUUUUGUAAGUUUAAUUUACAAGUGUAGCUAUUGUUUUAGAGUAUGAAGACAAUAGCCACACUUGAAAAUUACACUUGUAAAAGUUGUCUUAAAUUGGUUCCAGGAUAAAAUAUUAUUUAUCACUGCAUCAGUUAGGCUGCUGUCUGCAAUAGUUACUAUUUGAUUUUUUAACGGUCUUCAAAAAUGAUGCACUAAUACAGUUGAACUUCUCCACAAUGGUGCAGUUCUUGGGGGCAAAAGAAAGUGGCCACUGAAGAGAGGUUUAAGCAGGAGUUUAUAUAUGGAUGUCUGCCAAAAUAGUGGCUAUUGUAAAGAGAUGGCUGUUGUGGACAGGUGGCUAUUAGUAGAGGUUCAACUGUAUCACUGAAAAAAAAAAUGAAGUUAUUGUAGCUUUACAUAACAGUUCGUCAAUGAACCAUGAUAAUUGUUGGAUUUGGUUCAUUAUCCUCUGGGGGUGGUCUUUUCUAAGCGUAAUGAUAAUGUUAAUAACUGUUAUUGUUUUAGGUUUAUACAGGUGUGAAUUUGUAAACUUGCAUGGAAGUCUGUUUCUAAAGACACCUUCAGUUUGCAAUGUCAAAAACUCUACUUGAAUGCAUGUAGAAAGUAGCUUUCAGGCUUCGAUUAGGCCAAAGACUUCACAAAUUACUGUCAAAGUACAUGUACUACUUGAAAAGAAUCAACAAAAACGUUUACAGGACCAUAAUAUUUUAUUCCUCCACUAUUAACACACAGGGGAAGUUCAACAUUUUAUUUUUUUUUUUUGGUAGAGGAGAUGAUGGCAUGAAUGUCUUAACUUACAGAUAAAUUUGUGUCACAGGGUCACCAGUCUUGAAUAGUAGUGUGUCUGAAGUUAGCCGCAAGAGCACCGUAGGUUCCUUGGACAUGGGAGGGGGAUCUGCACAGAUUGCUUUUGAAGUUGCAAAGUCUGUAAGUACUUGGAAUGUCAAACACAGCACUGUUGUGUUGUACAGUAUUUUCUUGACCUUUUUACAUUACUGCAAACACCCGAUUUAAAGUUAGCCUUGUAUUCCCAUUUCAGGCCAACAUAGGGCUUUUUUGCUUUAUUCUUAUGAAAUAAGAGAGUUCUGGGCAUGGCUUCAGUUAACCAAGGGCUUAGCUGUCAAGCUUGUGAUUUCAAACCCAAACAGAACCACCAACGACUAUUGCAGUUAUAAGCCCCCUCACAUUUGAGCUUCUCUGUUUUUAAGCCCUCCAUAAACCCCUUGCAAAGAUGUAUACACUUAGAGCUUACAAGUGGAAGUUUAUGAAACUCUAUUCUUUUUUAAGAAUACUGUUAAUAGUCAUCACCUCUGAUUUAUGUGAGUACACAUUCUAAUUUCUAAUUCUGUGUCCCUCAAUAUAGGUAUGGGUCCCAUCAGAGCUGAGUGCACAAGUCAAUCUUGGCUGUGACUCUCAUCAAACCAUACACAAUUACCAUCUGUAUGUUGCAACAUUUCUUGGGUUUGGUAGCAAUGCUGCGCGAGACCGAUACACAGAACUUGUCCUUAGUCAAAAUGAAAGUCUUAGAUUUGAUAUGUGAGUAUUUUUUGAAAAUAGUAAUUCUACAUGUACUGUCAGUAAUACACAUGUACUCUGAUUAUAAAUUAAUGCACACUGUAACAAAUUAUGCGUUCUGAAUAGUACUUCCAAGUAUGCCAAAUAGCCUGCUACUUUUUGAGCAACAGAAACUUCUGAAGGUCUCCCAAGUGUUGUGGGAAACAACACCAUGAACAUUCACUUUUAGCAAACAAGGAACUUAUUGAGAUAACUUUUAGAGAACAGUGGAGCCACUGAGUUUUUUGGUGUGGUGUUUAGGGGAACAUUGAUUUCAUAAAUUGCGGGAAAAGGGAUCAUGACAAAAUUGAACUUUAGGGAAGAUGCGAAAUUAUUUGGGGGGACUCGAAGGAGAAACUUCAGUUAUUCAGAGAACAAGGGAACAUAAACCCACCAUGGGAGGCACUAUUUUCCCUGCACCAUUCAACCAAAAAUUCCAGAAUUCUGCGACUUGAAACAUAACUGAAUGGAAAGGACAAUUCUGGAAGAAAUUUUCAGACAUUUGUGUUUGCCUGCCAAGGUUGUCCUCUCUUUCCCAGUUUUUGCCUCACGUUCAUAAUAGGCAUUCAAAAAUGAAGGGGAAGGCCAAUUUAUUCAGAUGCAUAAACAUCACAUUCUCAAACACCCGUUUCAUCCCCUUUUCUUUCAAACUCCUGCAAUGAAGGCUAAAUUUUACGUAACUUCAUUAAGGUGACUCGACCCAGUUUUUUUUUUUUUUUUUUUUUUUUUUUUUUUGGGGGGGGGGGGGGGGUACCAUCCUACUUUGAAGCUCUCUGGUAUCCCCACCUUUACUUUUAUCGUAAGUCUAACACAUAGAAUGGAUAACAUAUAGAUCAAUCUACAAUAUAACAUAAAAUUUUUGGCGAUCGGAGUAAAUGUCACGUGGUUAUAAUGCCACGCCCCUUUGAGGUCUGAGUCGAAAAUCUGCUGUUGCCGGUAUUUUUUCGUGAAAAUCUCUCGGCUACGCAUAGUGCGCAUUAGUGCCUUGCGCUGAACAGAGUUUCACCAAAAUCGCAAAGACCCAAUUCGAGAAAUUCAGCGGUUUCCAAAUUUAGGUCAUAAUUUAUGCGAAAAUGAUAAGCAAACUUUACACGGAUCAUAUCUAAUAAACUAAGAGAUUCAUCCCUUUAUUUUGGGCAUCGUUAUACCAGAUGAGUCCUUGCAAGUCAGCAAAAGGCUUUAGGGCCUUGUAAAUGCACGCGAUUUCGAGCAAAGCAAACAUAUAGAAAUUAUAGUUUUCGCUAUUUGUUGACGUUUGUCAACGUUUAAGAGUCCUUCUCACGAAAAAAGCAUUUUCUUAAAAAUUCGUAGUUUUUUUUCCUUCAAAUUUUUCCAGGGCCACAAUUGAUUAACUAACUAUCCGGACUCUGAAUUUCAUGGUCAUUGAAAAACUGUGACAUUAUCUUCUAUAAGCCCAAACUUGAGUAAUCAUUGAAGAUUUUGAAAGUUUUGGCUGAGUUUGUGCUUUGGGAGUUGUCUAUUGUUUCUAGUCUGUCAUUAUACAGCAUUCUGGUUCAGCGCGCGUGCAAUGACCACGCUUGGCUGACUUCCGAAUGCUCACCGAGAUAUUCCCGUCACAUGUUGGUUUAAUUAUUGGCUUGCAUUAAACCUUUGGAAAAAUGAUAUUUUUUUAAUAGUAAGUAGAUUUAGUGUGUAUCACUUCUCGAUUUUUUUGCAAAGGCACAAGAAACACGAGAAUUGAUUAAAAAUUGUGAGUUUAACCUCUGUGUAUCACGCGAUGGCCUGUCUCACUGUACCAAAAUUAUAAUAGAGAGUUUUAGAUCGGAGUUUACCGCGAACCUCUAACCGCGGUUUGCGGUUACACGUUUGCGGUUCGACGUUCAAAUAUAAUUCGAUUUAGAUUGGCGGUGGAUUAAAGAAGUGGAUUCCGGUUUAUUUUUCCAUUUAGAAAUAGAAGAAAUAUCAAUCAGUGAAAAUAAGAGAAAUUUACAGUAACACUGGGUUUAUCUAGCAGCAAAGAGCUGUAAAUUCUUACAUUAGUUUUUCUCGCAAAUUUACGGCCGCCAUUUUGAAUCAGCAGCCAUGAAUGGCACUUGUUUUCAAGAUCCAAUAGGAUUUAUUAAAGUUAGCAUUUUGCCCGAAUUUGUGCCUCUGUUAAUGGAUAAAGACUUGCUCAACAAGAUUUUUGUAUCAUAACGUGGGAUAAAACAAGAAUUAUACGCUAAAAGCUUUCAGGUAAAUGACAUACGUGAAAACCUACCUCCCCACGUUGAAAACGCACGUCGUAAACCUCAAACGUGACGCGAAAGACUUGUCACGUGACCUCCAGCGGUUAGAGGUUCGCGGUAAACUCGGAUCUAAAACUCUCUAAUAUCUCGGUGAGCAUUCGGAAGUCAGCCAAGCGUGGUCAUUGCACGCGUGCUGAACAAGAAUGCUGUAUCAUGACAGACUAGAAACAAUAGACAACUCCCAAAGCACAAACUCAGCCAAAACGCUAAAAGUCUUCAAUGUUUACUCAAGUUUGGGCUUAUAGAAGACAAUGUCACAGUUUUUCAAUGACCAUGAAAUUCGGAAUCCGGGUAGUUUGUUAAUCAAUUGUGGCCCUGAAAAAAUUUGAAGGAAAAAAAACUACGAAUUUUUAAGAAAAUGCUUUUUUCGUGAGAAGGACUCUUAAACGCUGACAAACGUCAACAAAUAGCGAAAACUAUAAUUUCUAUAUAUUUGCUUUGCUCGAAAUCGCGCGCAUUUACAAGGCCCUAAAGCGUUUUGCUAACUUGCAAGGACCCAUCUGUUAUAACGAUGCCCAAAAUAAAGAGAUGAAUCUCGUAGAUUAUUAGAUGUAAUCAGUGUAAAGUUUGCUUAUCAUUUUCGCAUAAAUUAUGACCUAAAUUUGGAAACCGCUGAAUUUCUCGAAUUGGGUCUUUGGGAUUUUUGUGAAACUCUGUUCAGCGCAAGGCACUAAUGCGCACUAUGUGUAGCCGAGAGAUUUUCACGAAAAAAUACCGGCAACAGCAGAUUUUCGACUCAGACCUCAAAGGGGCGUGGCAUUAUAACCACGUGACAUUUACUCCGAUCGCCAAAAAUUUUAUGUUAUAUUGUAGAUUGAUCUAUAUGUUAUCCAUUCUAUGUGUUAGACUUACGAUAAAAGUAAAGGUGGGGAUACCAGAGAGCUUCAAAGUAGGAUGGUACCCCUCCAAAAAAACUGGGUCGAGUCACCUUAAGAAAACCAUUUUGUUGAAUACGUGGCACUGUUAUUGGUUAUUUUUUUACCCCGAUAGUAGAAGUUGUUGUCAGUUCUUCUGUUGUAAUUUUCUUUAUUAUUAGUUUCCAAUGCAAAAUAGAUAGAUGUGGAGAAAUAUUAUAUAGUUUUUAACUUUUAAGUUUGUGGAAGAAAUCGUAAGGUGUUACCAUUCAAAUGAAACCUUCAACAGCCGUACGUUAGCAUGAAACUAUUUUUCUUGUAGCAUUCUGUAAUACUUAACUUGAGUUGUUGCAAGUGAUGCAGGAUUAUCUUUGAAAUAAACGGUCAUGAACAAAAGAUUUAAAGUCACUAACAGCAUUUUAUGUUCUUCUUGUAAUUUUACAGUUCAACUGAAGCGUAUCAAGAUCCUUGUCUACCAACUGAAUGCACUGAACAAGUUAUCCACAAGGGAAAGCAAUACAAACUUAUUGGAACAGGGGAAUAUUAUAAAUGUCAAAAACUUAUUCUUCCGCUUUUGAACCUGACAACACCCUGUCCAAGGCAACCAUGUUCUUUUAACGCUGUUUACCAGCCUCAUAUAGACUACAACCAGGUGGAAUUUUAUGGAUUUUCUGAGUAUUGGUACUCCAUGCACGAUGUGCUAAGAAUUGGCGGACAGUACAAGGCAACUGCCAUGAAGAAAGCUGUAGAGGUAAGUCUUCAGCAUGUCAGAAUCUGGAGCUGAAGAAUGUUCGCGACAUAUUAAGAUUUUAACAGAAGUUUUUGAUUGAUUUGACUGUCUUGUUAACUAAAUACUGUAUAGUACAUCGUCUGCAUCAAACAAUAAAGACCUAGCUUGAACAUGCAAACGGAUUCAAUCCUUGCAAAAGUCUUUUUCUAGCUCUAGUUCAUUUAUGCAAAUUUUGUGUACUUUAACUCUUUUCGAACUCGCUUUUAUUUAUUUCCAAUUCCUUGAUAAUGAUGCCAUGGGGUCGUCGAAAAGUUGGAACAUUAGAGAGAUAUAGAGCAUCUUCACUCACGUGGCCAGCGUCUGUGCUAAUUCAUUAGAACAAAAGAAAGUUUUUUACAUAAGAAAAGAGUUCAAUUCCCACAGGGUUGUCUUGGUACACCAAUAUGGCCGCCGUUUCAUUGUUUUGGAACACCAAUAUGGCCGCCGUGACGUCAUCUGAAUACGCUCUUCAGCAAACGGCAAACGUCAGAUUUUAAGUUUAGAAUUUCCCAAAAUAGGAAAUGAGCAGGUAACAACUGGGAAAACUAAUUCUUAUGAAUAAAACUCGCGUGAAACAAAUAAUUUUUUUGUAGAAGUAAUUAAUAGUUUAAACGACAAGUAUAGGGGUUAAAAGAGAAACUUGGUCACGUGGUACAAAUUCAUGUUUGCCGUUUGCCGUAAAUGUGACCCUAAAUUUCUCUAAUAUCUCGUUUACUUAGUUUUUACAUGCUUAUCAAUACAUACUUUUCGGGUGGAGAGAAGCGGCAACCGGAAAUACGUGUGCGUUCGCAGGCUAUUCUUCAAUCAGGCCGGCAUUCCCUCUUACUUUCUGACUCAUGAAGUGUUUGUUUAUUCCCGGCAGGAGUUCUGCAAAACCCGUUGGUCAGUUCUUGUCAAUCGACACGCAAAAGGACUCUAUCCACUUGCAGAUGCUCAUAGGCUAAAGUAAGCAAAAUGUCUAACUUUUGUUACUUGAUGUGAUUUAGAUUUAAAAGAGAUGAAUAUUUUCUCUCCUUCCUCCAGUGAUCUAGUUUUUAUUCAAGUACAUUCGCAUAACUGAUUUGUUACUUAGAUAAUCUUGAAAAUGGCCUUACGAUGAGGCCGAAAUAUCGACUUUUUACGCUUUUAUUUACGUGUUUCUGUUCCCUCAUAAUGUCACUUUUUUAAGUGGACUUCCUUUUUUAGUCUUUUUUUUAAGUGGUUUUGUGAGAAAAAACAACAGCUCUGCACGUACAUCGUGUUUUUUAGUACAUUUCUUUGACGUCCACUGCACGACUACGACGUGAAACUUCCCAAUGCCAAGUUUUAUGGAGGACGCGCGCGUGAACAUACGAGGACCGUGAAUUUUCCUUUCUCGGCUUUUUGAAGCUGCGUAAAUUCCUUAACAAUUCAACUUCAGGAGCAGACGACAUCGCAUACAUUUGACAAAUUGAGCGGUCCAAAUAGACGCGAUAAAAGUUGAAAGGACGCAAAUUCAUUUUCUGACGACUUCUUCACCAACAUCGUCGUCAUUGCUCAAGCUCCCUUUCCUUAACUCCCUGUUAUGCCAAUGCGAUAUUGUUGACAUGGUAUUGAGAAUGUGUUGGUAAGAUAUUGGAAAGAGUGUGAAUUGUAUUUAGAAAGUGCUGAUAUGGUAAGCAAAAUCGGUCAGUGCGGUUUUAAGGAAACGUUUAUUUGGUACGGAAAUGUUGGCAAAGUUUGUUUCGUUGCUGGUAAAGUGUUGCUAUGCAUGGCGUUUAUAACUGUAUCGGUUGUGUUUGUCUAGGUAACUGGUGAAUUGGAUAUAGUAUUAAAGUACCAUGUGUGAAUAUCCUAAGGCUAUUUAGUCACUUCUGCUUUUUUAAAGAUCAAUCAGUAAAAAACGCGUAGUGUAUUUAUAUUUUUUUUUCGUAAGGUUCCAGUGUUUCAAAGCAGCUUGGGUGACAACAGUUCUUCACCAAGGUUUCAAGUUUCCCCAGAACUACAGCAACCUACGCUCCGCCUUUUAUAUCGGCGACAAAGAAGUUCAAUGGACACUAGGAGCGAUCCUCUAUCGAACAAGGUUCCUGCCUCUAAGGUACGUCAUUUAUCGCAGGUUAAUGGGGCUCAUGAGAGCUCUAGAAAUUAAAUGCCUUGUUGCCGAUAAACUGUAACGGUAAAAAAUGACACGCAAAGGGAAAAAAAAUUGAACCCUUUAACAGAAGUCAUUGGGGGUUUGGUUCUUCGGUUUUGCUGGCGGUUGAAGCUCAUUUUAAAAUUGCCCGUUUUAGCCGUUUAUCUCAGCUUCUUUGUCGGUUUUUGGUCACUUUUUAUUGCAGUUUCUAAGAUUCAUCGAUUUUGGGGGCCGGUUUUCCUGCUCUCUCCUCGAGCAUCCUCCAUGAACUCGUUGAACUGAAGAGAGGAAGUUCGAUACUCUGGCUUCAUGGCUAGUAAAUGCCGUGUUUUUAUUUUUGUUUUUGUUUGUUUUUUUUUGUCCUAUAAUGGCUGGAAGUUUAUAGUUGAAUGUCGUGCGUUUAUUUGCCUCUAACACUUAAUUAGCUAAGUAAAACAUCAAGAAUAACAUUGAACCGCAACAGCUGUUCCCCCCUCCCUCUCCCCCAGUCCCUCACACCACGUGACAUUGUUCUAAUCCCAUCGAUCUUUACAUGCGUGCAAAGAUGGCGGAUAUGGUCAGUAUGGCAUAUGACCACAUAUAUUUUUCAUUUCUAGGGAAGUCCAAUUGCAUUCACAGUACAAAAGUUCAUAUCACGCCCUUUGGAGUUACGUGAGUGAACUACAGUUCCGUAUCAUAUUCCUGGUGUGCAGUGUCACAGUUUUGGCCGCCAUCUUGCUGUACUGUAGGCGGCUACGGCGCAUGAGCAGUACGUCAAGCUUGUUGCAGUACAACUCGUCUCCAGUCCUCUACAAUGUUGAUGUAAUACCCAGCACAGAUAAGAUUCCUGUGAGAUGACCAAACGAGAAAAAACUUCGAAG